UGGAAUUUUCAUGUAAAUACAAUCGUUGUCGAACUCGAACAAGUUCUUUCAUCCCUAAAUUGCUGAGUAAAUUGCUACAACAUGCCUCCUUAUCACACGGAACAGUUGAGAAAACUAUUUAUUGGUGGCUUGAGCUUAGAGACUACGGAAGAUGAUCUUCGUGAAUACUUUUCUCGUUGGGGAAAUAUCGUAGAUGUUGUCGUUAUGCGUUUCCCAGAUACGAGACGAUCCAGAGGAUUUGGGUUUGUAACUUUUGAAAAUGUGGAAUCAGUUGAUGAUGUCUUAGGUAUUAAAUCUCAUUUCAUUGAUGGUAAACAAGUUGAACCAAAACGCGCCGUGGCGAAAGAUGAAACACGGAGCUCUUCCGAAGGAACACAAGAGAAAGAGAACAAAGUUUUUGUCGGUGGGCUGGCAAGCGCGACGACAGAGGAAGAUAUUCGCAAUUGCUUCACUACGUUUUGUAAUGAAACUGGUCAAGGUAAAAUUGAGGAGGUUUUAAUCAUGAAAGAUCCAGAUACAGGAAGACUACGUGGUUUUGGUUUUGUCACUUUUGAUUGUAAAGAAAUCGUCGAUAAAGUUUGUUCAGUAAAAUAUUUUGAAAUCAGAACUAAAACUGUUGAAGUUCGUCGUGCUGAAUCUCGAUUAGCCAUGAUGAAAAAGGAGCAAAGAGAUCACCACAGUUAUUCCAAGCGUAAAAUGGAUGAUCGUAGACGAGAUAGUCGACAUGAUGAGCCAAGUCGAGGCAAUUUCACUUCUGGAUUAAAUCAAUUGUCAAUGAUUGGUCAAGGUGGAGGUAGGCUACCUUUCUUUGGUGGCGGAAAUGCUGGCGGUGGAAACGGUGGUGGAUUUGGGGCUGGUGUGAAUAUGAACCCCAUGGCUCUGGCAGGAAUGAUGAGUAUGUUCUUCAGUCAAAUGGCUAAUAUGGGGGGUAUGGCUGGAAAUUUGGCAGGAAAUAUGGCAGGCAAUAUGGCUGGAAAUUUGGCAGGAAAUAUGGCUGGAAAUAUGGCUGCUAUGAAUCAAAGAAGUAACACUGAUAUGAUUGGUCGUGACCGUUCUGAUACAUACAGAGCAACAGAUGUGUCAAUUUACGGUGACCAAGCUGCCGCAAAUGUUGCAGAUAUGUCUGGAUAUUCAAAUGCAAUGAAUGCAGUGCUUGGUGCUGCCGGAAUGAAUCCAGGAAAUGUUCAAGCUGCAUUAUAUAAUGCUUAUGCUUCUGGUGGCACUGGUACUGCCAAUGGUACUGCUCAACUUGGCUCUUACGAUCAAUCGUCAUCCACAUAUGGACCAUCAAGGAGUGGAUCUGGCAAUCGUGGGUAUAAACCAUACUAAGAUGGAAACAGCAUUAGCAGUCGAUUUGACAGGUAGAAUGAUUAGCAUAUUGGACGGUAGAUAACGACAACUCAAAUUUAUCUUGAAACAGUUAUGUAAAUGGCUUUUGUAGUCAGUACUCAGUUUUCUUCAGUUUAGCUUUUGUACCACAGCUGAUCUUGUACUCAAACUUGUGUGACAUUAUCUUUUAAUGUAUGUAUUACUAAAAUGCUAAAGUACGCUAAUAUCUUCUGAAAUUUAAAUUGUGUCUUUAUAUAUUUUAUUAUUUUUAAUUGAUAAUUGUGUAAACCUGUAGAACAAGUAACAAUGAUAUUUUCCGAUGAAUCUUCCACCCAGAAA